AUGGUAUCGGGAAAAAUUUUGCAGAAUAAGGAAACGAUUCUCGCGAGCUAUGAAAACAGCAAUGGUCAUAGCAAACUUAAGAGAAUCAGAACGGGAAAGUAUGCCAAUGUAAACGAUGCUGUUUGGGAUUGGUAUCAAAUGUGCCGUAACUCUAACAUACCCAUCUCUGGUACUAUGAUACAAGAGGAAGCGAUGAUCAUUGCUGAAAGACUAGGUUUGAAUGAAUUCACAGGAUCAAAUGGAUGGCUUGAGAAAUUCAAGAGACAGCACAACAUCGGUCAGAUGGCGGUGUCAGGAGAGGAAGCUGGAGUGAACCCAGAGACGGUAGAAAGAUGGAAAGAAAGGGCCAGAGAAAUCACUAGAGGGUGGGAUGCUAAGAACGUUUGGAAUGUGGACGAAACUGGUUGCUUAUGGAGAGGACUUCCAGAGAAAAGCUUGAAUGAACGAGGCAUGCGGUUGUGGCGGGAAAAAGUCAAAACAAAGGAACACUUGGGCAUUCUUUGUUAA